AUGUCGUGGAUUAGAUCGGCGGUGAGUAAAGCGGUGGAGGUUGGGAACAAGAACAACCUCACUCGCACCGUCAAGAGCUAUGCUGAACAAGCCGGUCAAGCUGUCGCCGAGGGCGCCAAAUUGUUCCAGGACCGUAUUGUGUCUCGGAACGUUAAAAGUUUUAAGCAGACUGUGAAAAGAUUGGAAGAAGCUUCUGUUUCAUGUAGGGGUCCAGAGAGAGUCCAAUUGAUGCGGAGAUGGUUAGCAGCUCUUAGGGACAUUGACAAGUUCUCUGGGUUUACUGUUGACGAGAGAGAAAAAGAGAAUGAGCAAAAUAUUCCUUCAGAAGAACCUAAAGGCAGUCCAAGGAAGCACUCUCAGGUUCUGUACUACGACGCCGACAUGGGAGGUGAACCAAUGAAUUUUCGUGAUGUCUUUCUCUACAGUCAAGCUUUGGAGGGAAUAACUAUCUGUAUGAUUCUUGAAGCUCCAAAUGAGGAGGAGGUGUCAUUGCUCCUUGAAUUGUUUGGGCUCUGUCUUACAGGUGGAAAAGAAGUCCACAAUGCUGUAGUCAGCAGUAUUCAGGAUCUAGCAAAAGUGUUUUCAAACUACCAAGAUGAAGUCUUGGUGAAGAGGGAGGAAUUGCUCCAAUUCGCUGAAGGUGCAAUCACUGGAUUGAAAGUAAAUGCUGAUAUUGAAAGAAUUGAUGCUGAGGUCUCCAAGUUAAGGAAAAAGAUUGAUGGAUUGACUGUUUCAAAGGAACUGCUGGACAAAGCUGAUCCAACAGUUCCAACACUAGAGGUAUUGAAAGAAGAACUGUCACAUAUUCGAGCUUGUUCCAAAUUAGAGGGACUUCUACUGAAGAAAAAAGCACUUAAGUAUGGAGAUACUCCAGAAGUUCAUGCUCAAAAAGUUGAUAAGCUGAAAGUGUUGUCUGAAUCUCUGUCUAGCUCCGCGUUAAAAUCCGAGAAGCGCAUCUCAGAGAACAAAAUCCAGAAAGAGGAAGCAUUGAAAUUCCGAGUUACUAAAGCGAAUGAAGCUGGGGAAAUAGAAAAGGAGAUAGCUGCCGAGGUUUCAGAGCUCGAGAAACAAAGAAAUGACCUUGAAGCUCAACUGAAAAAGGUCAAUAUUUCCUUGGCUGCUGCUCAAGCCCGCCUUCGUAAUGCCAGGGAAGAGAGAGACCAAUUCUUUGAAGCUAAUGAUCAGAUUGUUGCGCAUUUGAAAUCUAAGGACGAUGAAUUGUCGAAAUCCAUUGGUUCAUGUCGUGUUGAAGGGGAUGUUCUAGGCACCUGGAUAAAUUUUUUGGAAGACACAUGGGUUCUCCAACAUGCAUAUGCUGAGACCAAGAGUAAAGAGAUAAAUGAUGAACUGGAAAGACAUGAGGGAUACUUUGUGAAUUUGGUAAUUCAACUGCUUACGGCUUAUGAGAAAGAAUUGAAGCCUUCAAUUGAUCGCAUUGGAAAAUACGUGGAAAACUUGAAGAGUUUAAGUGAAGGAUCCAAGGUAGCUUCACCUGAUAAAGAUAAUUCUAGCAUAUUGAAUCCAAGAAAAAGCCUUGAAGAGGAAUAUCUGGACUAUGAAGCUAAGGUAAAUUCCAGGAAUUAUGAGUUUGCUUUUAAAACUAGAUGCAGAUUACUGCAAUAUUGUGUCAGACAAGUUUACCUGUUCCUUUCUAAAUUAUAGAGGAUGGCUGUGCAUUCAUUUUCUCCAUAUUUUUCUUAUGGACAUGAUGUUUGGCUGUGAUUUCCAUGCCUGAAACCUUGGUGAAUUUAUCGUAUUGUGCUCUAUAAUUGUAGAUUAUAACUAUGUUCAGUGUGGUGGACAACAUGAGAGAGCAGUUCUACUCUGGGCAGGGUAAACUAUCCAGGUUUGAUAAACAGUUUUUUUUUUUUUUUUUUUUUUUUCUCUCCUUCUGGCAAUAGAAUGUUUUUUUUUUCAAGGCUUGAUAAAAUGGUUGUUUCUAUUCCAGCAAGGAUGACCCAGCUGUUAAAGAGUUAUUUGAGAAAAUUGAGGUACUGAGAGGACAAUUUGAAGCUAUUGAGAGGCCAAAUCUGGAAAUGGAGAAUCCUACUCGUGAUGAGGAAGAGUCAUCUGGUGCCAAGGAGCAAGAAAGUGCACCGCAUCCAACUAAGAAUACAGAGGAAAAUGUCACUCACAAAACUAAGGUCCCUGAUGCACCAGCUCCAGCAAUUGCAUCUGAGCAUCCUCUUGAUGCUGAGGCAGAGUUAGCAAAGCUGGAGUCGGAAUUUGGUAAAGUUAACCAGGAUUACUCCGCGGAAGAAAUUGGUGACUGGGAAUUUGAUGAGCUUGAGAAGGCGUUAAACUCUGCUGACUCACCAACAAAAAAAUAAGUAACAUGACUUAAAAUCACUUCCCCCUCCCCGGUGCUUUACUGUUGUGUUAAAUGUAUAAUUUAAGAUAAAUCUUUCAAGCUCCUUCCAGCAAUAUUUAGCUCAGGAGCUAAUCACCUUCUGAUCGAUCAAUUCUCGUGUAAAUGCUGUUGGCUGUAAACAUCUGAAACCACAACUUCUGUAAAUGGAAACCGUAAAAGAAAAACUCAGAUAAUUCAGGUUGUUUUUUGUGGUUUAUAAUAUUGACACCAAGCCCUUUAUUUUCAGACACAUAUUUGUGUUGUCAGAGUAUGUGAACAUAAUGAUGGUGUUACCUUUACAGGAAGAUUUAACAGAUACCAGAUUUGUGGAUGGUAUGAGGAUAAUCUUUUUCUUCUUAAAAACUGGUUAGAAAUGAGAAUGUUCUAGCCGUGCAGGAAUAGCCGGUUUAAGGCAAUUGGAAGAAGAAGUGACGCCAUCAUGGUACAGGUGGGGUUCCGAAGACAUAUAUUUAUAUGGACAGAGACAACAGCUGAACAAGGUUCCUGAAAAUAGAAGUAGAGGUUUUCUGUCUCAUUUUUUGUUAGGCAACAUGAUGAAGGGAAAAUGGUGGUGGUUUUGAAAUAGAAAAGCCAAUAGAGAGGGGAAAGUAGCUUUGCAAAAGGGACAAAUCUUUUUGAAGAAGCAAUUUGUUUGAAACUGAAAUUCCAUCUGCUGCCACUGUUGCCGGUGGGAUUCCCGGCAGCGGAGGCCCUCCUCCACCCCUUUAGACGAAGUUACUGGCUGCUGAAUGCUGAUUGUGCCAUUCGUACCAACGGGAAAUGUCGUCCAGAUUUUCUGGUUUGUGGUGGGACGCCUUAUGUUCCGGCCAUUGUCACUUCCAUCUCUCUUUUUUUUUUUGAGAGUGAAAAUGUUUAUUGAUAUUAUGCACAUUGUUAAUCCAUUUUAACACUUAUAAGCAAAAGCUAAAUCACUAC